CCCUAUUCCAUCUAAUAGACCCUUGCCCCGCCCCCUUGCCCCUCCCAAAGGUAACCGAACAUGAGGAUUCCUUGGGCUUUGGUGCACUUUGACCUUUCAACCUGACCGUUUGGGCCUCAGUGAUGCUGGAGCCUUCUGAGUUGAAUUUAAAGAGUCCUUCCUCUGGUUCUUCUGCUGACAUUUUAAAACAUGCAAAACCGUUUUAAUGACAACUUUAAUCGCAUUGUAUUUUGUUUUCUCAUGUUAAAUGUAUGAACGCUGCCUCAUCAGUCGGGGCUGUGUAGGAGUUGGCAGGCUCUGCGAUAUAAAUAGAAGCUGAUUUCAGAGGCCCCUGUUGACUGGGUUUUAUGUGAGAGCCUCCAUCCAGCUCAGCCUGUCACACUGCAGCCUUGUGACAGGUUGAGGCGCCGUCCAUGUGAUCUACGUAAGCUUCUGAGAAAUAUUAAGGCAAGCUGUGCACAUGUGAUGGCAUUUAAAAGCUGGCUUUCUACUGGGGGAAGCCAUAGAAUCUAGCGCCCUUCUUGUGUCUCAAGUGAGUCAGUUGACAGUGCAUUGAAGGGAGGAGUGGUGUAAUACUUUGCAUGCCCAAAUUCCUGAUAUUUACAUAAAAGCACAAAAAAGAUCUAAGAAUAAGAUUUAACUAAAACUUGCUUACUGUGUUUUGGUAUUUGUGUGCCAUUUUGCUUUUAAAGCUAAGGAUGACAUUGGAAUGAGCAUAAGAUAAGGUAGCAUAAGUCCUACAGUUUACUAUUGGACUGCCCAACUUUUUGGAUAAGGCGAAGAUUGAGGUACUUCGUGCGUAGUGGUCACACAAGUAAUUUAUUAUUUGAAGCCCCGUUGUACUGAGUAAAAUUUAAAAGACCCAGCAGAAUGUGUUUAUUAACUUAAGUGAUGAUGAAAAUGUUUACACUGCCCUCUAAAAUGAGUCAGCUAAAUUCCAUUUACUAUUUAAAGAGACAGUGUCAACUAUAGUUAUGUUCAAAGUAAGUUGUGAACCUUGGUCAGGCUUCAUACAAGAUUUAUUGGCUUGAAAUAUGUCUGUUGCCCUAUUGCUAGCAAAAAACAUUAAAGGUUAACUUUAAAUUCCCAGAGGAAUAAUUGUCAGGAGUUUAGUCCUCUUACCCCCCAUUUUACAAUUUUUGUAAGAAGUUCAUGCCUGAUUUUUUUGUAUAACAUUAAAGAAUAUAUUGUAUGUGAUUGUUGGAAAAGGCCCUAUGAAGUCCCAGGAAGUUACAAAUUCAUACCUUGGAAUGAGUGUGAAGGAAACCAUUGUCAUUUUAGAGUGUACUUACUAAAUAACAAUGACCACAAGGUAAAGCACAGUAUUUCUCUUUAAUGUGCAUUUCCCUUUCAUACACAUUUUCGAAAGAAUUUCAUUUUCUUAAAUAUGUGUUUUGUUAGUAUGAACUUCUUCACCUAGAGGAAAAUUGAACUAAAUUUAGCAAACAAGUUGUGCUGGUUUUUUAAAAGCUUCUAGAAAAACAAGGAUAUGCUUGCAGUAUCCAGUUCUUCCUGGUAAUCUGACAUUAAAUAGUAAUCAUUAUUACAGGUUAUGUAUUUGUUGCUGCUUUACUUUUGCAUACUGAAUUUGAGCCUGGAAAGAUUACUUUGUGACAUGUGGAAGAUGAGUGCUUGUUAGAAGUUUUAAAUAACUCGAGCCUUUGGUUAAGAAGUCUAUGGCUGAUAUUUGUGUGUUAUAGGUUUCUUUAAAGCACAGGCUUUUAUGCUUCCUCAGAACUAGAUUUUCAUACCUCAGUUGUAGAAGAACUUUAGUAGAGGAGGGUCCUAAGCAGCUGACCCUUAAAUUCUUAAAGAGCAUAUAACUUGUUAGUGCCCAGUAAGAGUUGAACUCUCUCUGUCUGAAUAUCUUCAAAGCUUAAGAAGAUGCCCUGCCCACUUUAUCAGGAUUAUCCAAUGUUAUAUUAACAGGUGGGGCCCACAUGUGUUCAAAUUUUAGGAAAGCUUUAUGGCUAGAUCCAGUUUGCAGAUGGUUUUUAAGAACUACUAACAUACAUCACAAAAGAGUCCAUGGUUAAUUUCAAACGUUGGAGAUACUUAUUUUGCAUUUGCAAGUUCUAUUUAAUAAUGUUUUUUGGCUAAAGAAGUAAAAAUACGAAUGGUCUUGUCUAUUGUCGGAAAACUAAAAGUAAAAAAAGUCCAUGAUAAAGAAUGUGAAGUCCCAUCUCACUAUCAAGCUGGCUGUUUCUUAUAUAAAGGCCGCAAAACAUUCAUAAUUGCCUUUGCUUGCUCUUUAAUGACUAACCCAAUUUGGACCUUUACAAGAAACGGACUUGUUCAAAAAUAAAGGUAGGCUGGUGGUGGAGUGGUUAAAGAUUGGGCUGCUAACCUCAAAGUCGGCAGUUUGAAACCACCCGCUGCUCUGUAGGAGAAAAGAUUUCUACUCCAGUUCAGAGAUAAAGUCUCUUGGGAAACCCACAAGGGCAGCUCUACCUUGCACCCCCUGCAGGGUCGCUGAGAGUCAAACUCAGGCAGUGAGUUUGGAUGUUUUUGUUUUGGUGGUAUCAAGAAACCUUGGUGGCACUGUCAUUAAAGCAGUUGGCUGCCAACCAAGUUACCAGCCAGUUUGUAGGAGAAACGUGACGGUCAGCUUUCUUAAAGAUUCAUGGCUUUGAAACCCUUGUAGGACAGUUAGUUCUACUCUGUCCUGUAAGGUCACUGUGAGUCAGAAUCCGAUGAGCUAAUGCACUCAAGGGUUUGUCUCCUAUGUCUGCUGUCAGCUGGGAAUACGGCGUGCGGGCUAGGUCUGACCUCCGUCUUCAGAAGUCACGGCGAGUUUGGUUUGGGGUUUUAUGACGGUCACAGUAAGUUGAUUUUACUUUAGAGAUUUGUUCAUUUCUUAUAUUUUGUCUUGUUUGUUUGUAGCAGAACAAUAUGGCUCAGGAGACCAACCAGACCCCAGGGCCCAUGCUGUGUAGUACAGGAUGUGGCUUUUAUGGAAAUCCUAGGACAAAUGGAAUGUGUUCUGUUUGCUACAAAGAACAUCUUCAGAGGCAGCAGAAUAGUGGCAGAAUGAGUCCAAUGGGGUCAGCUAGUGGUUCCAACAGUCCUACCUCAGACUCUGCAUCUGUACAGAGAGCAGACAGUAGUUUAAACAACUGUGAAGGUGCUGCUGGCAGCACGUCUGAAAAAUCAAGAAAUGUGCCUGUGGCUGCCUUGCCUGUAACUCAGCAAAUGACAGAAAUGAGCAUUUCAAGAGAGGAAAAAAUAACCACCCCGAAAACAGAGGUGUCAGAGCCAGUUGUCACUCAGCCCAGUCCAUCCGUUUCUCAGCCCAGUCCUUCUCAAAGUGAAGAAAAAGCUCCCGAGUUGCCCAAACCAAAGAAGAACAGGUGUUUCAUGUGUAGAAAGAAAGUUGGCCUUACAGGGUUUGACUGCCGAUGUGGGAAUCUGUUUUGUGGCCUGCACCGCUACUCUGACAAGCACAACUGUCCGUAUGACUACAGAGCAGAAGCUGCAGCAAAAAUCAGAAAAGAGAAUCCAGUUGUUGUGGCUGAAAAAAUCCAGAGAAUAUAAAUUGACUACUUGUGAAGAGACUGAAACUUUGUUUUUAUUUUAAUAUAUCAUAGGGAAACAUUAAAGCGCAGAUGCAUGGCCAUUUUCCUUUGAUGUUCUCCAGAGUUUUACUUUACACUUGUCUGUCUAAUUGAUAAUUUAGAAUGUUUGGGUGUUUGUUACAGGCAGAAUUGGAUAGAUACAGCCCUAAAAAAUGUAUAUGCCCUCUCCCUGAAUAAAAUUGGAUGAAAAUAUGCACAGCAAAUUGAAGUACAUUGAUUAGGGACAAAAUUUAGUUCCUGUGUGCCAAAUGAAAUCUCUGCAUGUUUGCAGCAUAUCUGCCUUUUGAGAAUGUAAUCAAGGUGUAAUUUUUGGCUAGUGUUAUGUGCCUGUAUUUUUUUUUUUUUUUAAUGGUACACCAGAAAAGGACUGGCAGUCUACUUCUACCAUAGUUAAACUUCACCCUGUUAAUUUCCACAUGUUUUGGAAGCAGGAAGAAAGCUGUAAAGAGGAUCCGACCGUUCCAUGAAACCAGUAUUUGGUGCCACGUGUUAAUUGGUCUUCUAAAAGCUGUCAAAAGUACUAAGACAUUCUGUGAAAGGUAAAUACAACAGGGUCUUCCUAUCUCUGAAGCUUAUUGUGCUAGCCUGCACCUGAAGAUGUCUGCAUUACUCUGCUAAAAAUGUAGCACAGAACUGCACUAGAAGUAAUUUGUUUACAAGAAGAAAUUAAAACCACGCUUGAUCACCACAUAGAGCAAAAACAGUUCCAUCGAAUGACAUGCAUCUGAAUUUUUAAGUUACAAAGGUUAUUUGAACAGUUGGGUUUCUUGUUUUAUAUUUUUCCAUGUGCAUCUGUUGAAUGUUUUGGUUUAAGAAAGAAUGUUUAAAGCUUUUUUAAAGACCAGUUCUUAAUGUAACUACCCUUCUGCAUGGAAAACCAUAACCAACACGGCUGCAGUAGACGUCUUAAUGGUACCAGCACCACUUGCAGAGGGCUGCUUUAUCCUAUUAAUUGUACUUGGGUGUAGGACUCUAGUGUUCUUGGGUGUAUUGCAUGGGCUGCAUUAUCUACAGCAUUGUACAAUAACAACUAGAAAAGGCAGUAUACUUCACUGAUGCUUGUCUGGUAAUAUCACUUCUGUGUUAUAAUGGAAGGUUUUUUGUGAUGUAUGAAACUCGUGUUUUUAUAUAUAAAUGAGUACAGUUAGUGUUGUGGUAAAUGCCUGUUUUCAUCUGUAAAUAGUUAAGUAUGUACACGAGGCACUACUGAUUUGCUGCAGUGUUUGGUCCUAGUUUUUUACUUUUAGGACAUUCAGUUUCACUUCCAAUUUUAUGUACCCUAGUUUUCAGUUAGAUCUUCAGAUCUGUACAGAUAGCUCAUAUUUAUGUAUUGCACAUAAUCAUGCUAUUCAGCAUUGAUGCUAUAUUGUAUUAUGUAAAUAAUAAAAGCCAUGUACAGAGGGAAA